CACACAGCGGUUAGGUGACUGAACUUCCGGUGAAGUCCACAGCCUCCUCUGUUCUGCGUGCGUGGCGAAGGCGGGACGCGUGACGUAGGCCGGCUGGAGCUCGAGGUGUUUAUUGUUCCUUCCCGUCGAAGAGAGAAAAGGGCUGGCUUUACGGAGGCAUAUAUCACACACAUUUUCCCUGCGGUUUUAGCUUCAAGGAGCCAUUUUAGUAAGGCCGAGACAGGUUAAUACGGGACCGGUUGGCCAUGGCGUACGCGUAUCUCUUCAAAUACAUCAUAAUCGGAGACACGGGUGUGGGGAAGUCGUGCCUAUUAUUACAGUUUACAGAUAAGCGCUUUCAGCCAGUGCAUGAUCUCACCAUCGGUGUUGAAUUCGGAGCGAGAAUGAUAACUAUAGAUGGCAAACAGAUAAAACUUCAGAUCUGGGAUACGGUAAGAUUAAAAUCGUCUGAUUCUUUUUAUUUUUGGUGGACCUUUAUUUGUGCUUUGAUUUCUGUGGUUGAGGUCGGCCAGCCCUUAAUAAAUGAUGCAAGUGUCACUAUGGCUGAUAUGUGAACCUAACACAGUUAGAGACAGUGUUGUGGGAAUCUGCAUUUCCUGAUUACUUAGAUCUGGCCGUGCAAAAAUGCUAAUGCAGCAAUACGACUGAGGCUGCUCGUGGGAGUUCAAUUCCGCUGCCAGGUCGCUUUGAGCCGGUCACAUGACAUCGAACCUAAAUGUCACGUGAUUUAUGACUCUAGAGACACAGGAAAAUGAUGCCAUGACAAUGCCACCUAAACAAAGUCCUGUUCAGUUUAUUGGUAACUAUAAUGGACCGAUUUCAACAAGUG